GCAAGCAGCGGCUCUUCGAGCGAAUGUAGCCCUAUCUACGGCCAGUGUGGUGGCAAGCACUGGCAAGGCACGACUUGCUGCGCUGAAGGCUCGACCUGCGUUCCUCAGGAAAACAACGAGUACUACUCUCAAUGCUUGCCUGGUGUUGCUUCCUCAAAGACUACUACUACUGCUGCUGCUCAAACCACCACGACCGAGGCCCCCAAGUCUACGACAACCGCUGCUCCUAGCAAGACCACCACUACUGACGAAGUAGAGGUACUCACCACCACUUCUUCUAGCGCUGCUGCUACAAGCACUAGCGACAGCAGCAGUGGUAGCGAUUAUGCGGCUGUCUCUGGCGGCAAGGCUGGUGAUGGCUCGACCACUCGUUACUGGGAUUGCUGCAAGGCCUCGUGCAGCUGGCCUGACAAGGCUUCUGUUUCAUCACCCGUGAGCGUCUGUGCUGCUGACGGUGUUACGUUGGCUGACGCCAAUGAACAAAGCGGUUGCAAUGGCGGCGGUGGCUACAUGUGCACCGACAACCAGCCUUGGGAGGUCAAUGAAAACCUCUCGUACGGUUUCGCUGCUGCUUCGAUUGCUGGCUUGGAUGAAUCUGGCUGGUGCUGCGGCUGUUACGAGCUCACUUUCACUUCGGGUGAGAUCGACGGCAAGAAGAUGGUCGUCCAGGUCACCAACACCGGUGGCGAUCUCGGUAGCAACCACUUUGAUCUUCAAAUCCCUGGUGGUGGUGUCGGUAUCUUUAACGGUUGCGAGUCCCAGUGGAAUGCUCCCUCGAACGGCUGGGGUGAGCGUUACGGCGGUCUCAACUCUGCCAGCGGCUGUACCGACCUUCCCAAGCAGCUGCAGGCCGGCUGCGAAUGGAGAUUCAACUGGUUCAAGAACGCCAACAACCCAUCGGUCUCCUUCAAGGAAGUCACUUGCCCAAGUGAGCUUACCAAGAAGACCGGUUGCUCCAGA